AUGUUUCCCCAAAUUGCUCAGAGAGAAGGGGUAGAAGAGGCAAUUGGCAAAGCAACGGCUAGACGUUCAGAGCGAGGGCAAUCUGUCUUCCCGUUUCAAGAUAGAAGCUACCUACUAAUGGAAGCUGGGGCAGAGGUUACAAAUGAACAAUCACUGCUGCUCCCUAGCGAGAAGGCUUAA